AUGGGUUCUUCAUCAUCAAAUGAUGGAAAUUAUGUGCCUCAAGUAAGGUUUGAACAAAUUCCUCAAAUUGGGCAAGAAUUUGAAUCUUUGGAUGAAGCCCAUAAUUUUUACAAUGAAUAUGCAAGGGAAGCUGGAUUUAGUACUCGACUGUGGAGUACUAAGAAGAACAAUAGUGGCGAAAUAAUCAGGAGGGAAAUGGUUUGCUAUAAGCAAAGUUCUCGAAAGAAGGUAGAGUUAAAUAAUGUUCGUACGAGGAAGCGAGGUAUAACUCGAGAAGGAUGUAACGUAAAGAUUUGCUUUAUCAAGUCAGAGUCUAAUAAAAAAUUCAUCGUUUCAAUAUUUUUCGAGGCACAUAAUCAUGUAUUGACAACACCAAGAAAAGUUCAUUUGCUACGGUCUCAUCGCUCCAUGUCUUCUGCCAAGAAGGACUUAACACAACAACUUAGUGCAGCAAAUGUGUCAAUCAGUCAACAAAUUGGUAUUUUCGAGGUAGAAGCAGGAGGUAUAGAAAAUGUUGGUUGUAUAGAAAAGGAUUUCUACAAUGCACGACGCGAUGAGGUGAAAAUGUAUGCUGGACAUGAUGCUCAAAUGUUGUAUGAGUAUUUUGAAUCUCAAAAGGCAAGAAAUCCAGAAUACUAUUUUGCAAUCAACAUGGAUCCUGAAAACAAGAUUACUCAUUGCUUUUGGGAAGAUGUGGAAUGUAAAAAGGCAUAUCAGGUUUUUGGGGAUGUAGUCGUCUUCGAUACUACUUACAAUACAAAUCGAUAUGGUAUGAUCUUUGUACCCUUUGUGGGGGUCAACCAUCAUGGACAGACUAUACUAUUUGCAUGUGCAUUCCUGAGUGAUGAGACGACUGAGUCAUUCUUGUGGCUUCUAAAGCAGUUCUUGUCUUGUAUGCAAGAAGGGCCUCCCAAAAUGAUUAUCACUGAUCAAUACCCUGCAAUGGGUAAGGCAAUAGCUGAAGUAUUACCAAACAUUGUGCAUCGAUUUUGUAUGUGGCAUAUUCUGAAUAAAUUUUCUGAGAAGUUAGACGCAGUGAAAUGGAGAGAUAAUUAUCCAAGUUUCCAUAAAUGCAAAUGGAAUUCUUCAAGUCCAGAAGAGUUUGAGUUUGGUUGGGCCGAGGUUGUCGAUCAAAGUGGGUUGUCUUCAAAUGCAUGGUUAAAAUCAGUGUAUGAUAUUCGUUUCAUGUGGAUUCCUGCAUAUGUUAAUGACACGUUCUUCGUAGGUAUGUCCUCUAGUCAAAGAGUUGAAAAUUGUCACGCAUUUUUCAAGUCUUACGUAUCAAAAAAAAAUACGUUGAUGGAUUUUGUGGUUCGAUUUACCAGAGCUCUAAAACAUCAAAGACACCAAGAGCUUAUGCUUGACCAUAAAGACUAA